ACACAGGAAGAUCACACCAUCCCUCACCAUAAUGGUGAUGAACCAAUUGACAUGAAAAUUGAUGUUAAAAAGGAAGAACAGAUGAUUGUGGGAGAAUUGAAAGAAGAUGAUGUCAUAAUACAACAUUCUACAGAAGUAAAACAUGUUACUCAAAAUCUACAUCCAGGACUUUACCAUGAAAACAGAUCAUCACAUCUGCCUAAUACUCAAUUUUCUCCUAAUAAGCCUCGUACUGUUUCGAAAAAAGUACAACCAAAAAAUAGCAGUUUGGAUAGAUCCUCUGAUCCCUCUAAACCUCUUGGGAUUACUUUUGGUAGUUUAGAUAAUGAUAUACUUGGAGAAGAUAACAAGUCCCCAACCUCUGAAGCUGAUAAAUGUCUAAUAUCAAAAUCAUCACUUGCUGUAAAUCAACAGACAAAGGAACAGGAAGUUCCAUAUCCAUGUUCGGAGUGUGGGGAAGGCUUCAAUUCGAAAGAGGACCUCCUUAGACACCAGAAAAGUCACACGGGCGAGCACUCUUUUUCGUGUUCAAUUUGCAGCAAAUCUUUCAGCCGUAAAGUGUACCUUCUUACCCACCAGAGAAGACAUACGGGCGAGCGUCCUUUUUCUUGUGCGCAGUGCGAGAAAUCGUUUGCUGAGAAAGCGUCAUUCAUUAUUCACCAGAGAAGUCACACGGGGGAACGUCCUUAUUCCUGCCCAGAGUGCGGCAAAUGUUUCACGCAAAAAAAGUUAGUGACUAUACACCAGAGAAGUCACACGGGCGAGCGUCCUUUUCCCUGUACAGAGUGCGGUAAAUGUUUCACAUACAGAGGAGACCUUCUUAGACACCAGAAGCGCCACACGGGGGAGCGUCUUUUUUCGUGUACAACUUGUGACCAGUCUUUCUUUCGGAAAGGGCACCUUCUUACCCACCAGAGAACACACACGGGUGAGCGACCCUAUCAAUGUCCGCACUGUGAGAAGUCUUUUGCCUAUAAAACAGCGUUUGAUGCUCAUCAAAGAGUUCACACGGGCGAACGUCCUUUUUCGUGUUCGGCGUGCGGGAAAAGUUUCACUCGGAAAGAUAAACUUCUUACACAUCAGAGAAGUCACACGGGCGAACGGCCUUAUUUAUGUUCAGAGUGUGGGAAAUGUUUCACUCAGAAAGAAAACCUUCUAACGCAUCUGAGAAGUCACAGUGGCGAGCGUCCUUUUUCAUGUUCAGAGUGCGGGAAAUCUUUUACUCAGAAAAUAUCCCUUCUUCUACACCAGAAAAAACACUCAGGAGAGUGUCCUUAAUAAAGUUUGGUAUGAGGAAAAUUAUUUCACGCUGAAAGAAUGGUUUCAGGACAAGCCCCCUUUUUCCUUUUAAGAAUCUGAGAUGAGUUUCUCUUUAAAUAAAUAAAUGUAUAAAUUCCAAAGAAGUCACAAAGGUCUUAAUGAUGGGUGAAAAGAAGAUGUAGAAGGACAUCGUGAAGCUUGAUGGUGGUCGGGGGUAGGGGGGCAUUUUACUAGUCAAAGAGGUGGAGGGUUUAUUCUGAAGAUCAAAGCAUAUUUAGAAGGACGUCCCUGUGGAGGUUUAAUACGUUUCACCUUCGAAGUCUAUUGUUUAAUAAUAACAUAUA